AUGCACCUGGAUUUAGCGCACACUGCCUCAAGCCAACCGGACAGAGUUGACCAAGCUUUGCAAAAGGUCAUCGCGGGGAACGCAAACAUUAGCAUCGACUGGGAGAAACACGCCUGCCAGGACGCUGUCAGGCGAUACUUGUGCGAGGUUCACUCCAGACAGCGCCAGAAAGCAGGCGUAACCCCAGGAACACGGAAAGACCGGGACAGGAUUCCAAAGGCAUCGAUCUCUGCCACUUCCAAGAACAAAAAUGGCGCUUCUCCAAAUAGUAGGAGGUCAUCCCAAUCGGUUGGAUCAUUUGUAACACCUGUUACUCCGAGUCCAACUCGACGGCAGACUUGUAGAGUGCAGGAUAUAGCACCUCUCUUUUCCCACACCGAAGUCAAGCGCGAAGAGGGUUUGUUAAGGAAGACGAAGAGGUCAUCCAGUCUCACUCCCUCCCUUUUCAUCACUUCAUCGUCUGGUAGGCGAUAUCGCCCAGCCUCAGCCCGACUUAGUUCGCGCUCUCUUUCCCCCGUAGUGGACAGAAUCCAAGGACUUCUGGAUUCCAUGGCGCCUGCCCUCUCUUGGCUCCACCCUGCUCUAUAUAAAUAUGGGUUUAGUGACGACGCGGCUCUGGAAAUUAUCGCGCAACAGGACCGGGAACGAGUAACACGAAUUGUACUCGAUUUUCAGCGGGACUUCAAUGACGAUAACUCCAAUUCGAGGCAGAUGACUGGGGCGCAUCAAUACGGAAACAUGAUUUGGCACGGUUUCUUUAGCGCUCGAUUGGAAAGCGGCGUUUUUGAACAGGCCGCAGUCUAUUACGGUACCUCAUGCUCUUGUGCCAACAUGGCGAGCAAUUCGAAAACUUCGUUCAAUGAUGUUUGCUACGCUCUUGGCUUGUCAAAAGCGGACCCCAGAGCAAAGAAACUUCAUGCUUCACUUACAAGUGGGAUGGAUCUGUACUUGGACCCGAAUAAGACAGGGACGGAGCAAUUAUCUCACAUUGGAAAAGUGAUAAAAAAGGCUGCCGCAGAGAAUCCUGAAAUCCUCAUUAACCUUCAAAAUCGGAACCACAGGGGUACUCUGGCAGGGUGGUUGUGCAAAGAACAUUCGGUGAUGCGAUACAAGUACGGGUACAUAAAACGAAACGUUAAGGACGAAAAAAGACCUGGAACAGAUACGGGUUCGCCGAGCCAAACUGCCAGAUCUUCAAACAGUGGUGCUCAGAUUGGCUCGCUCACAGCGACGCCGCCACGAUACGAUCUACGCCGCAAUGGAGCUCGCGAACAUCGAGUCGCUCCUGUCACUCCAAGCCCGCGAUACAGGCGUAGCCGUGCCCCUACGCUCACAGAUUCCGAAAACAUGGGACAAGCUUCACAACAGGCGAGAAGCAGCACUUCAAACGAUGACCCCAUUAGUUCCAUUCUCGACUCAAUGUCCCCAGCGGCCCUGUCCUGGCUCCGUCCCUCCAUGCGUGAAUUUGGCUUUGACGAGGUCGACAUCCUGAACGUUAUUACUCAACAAGACCGCGAGAUGAUCAAAAGGGUCGUAAACGACUUCCAGAAAUUCCACAAUCAGAAGCAAGAAAAUGAAAGAAAAAUCUCAGGGAUACAUGUCUCGCUGUUGGUAGAAGCUUUGGCUUCCGGGACGGAAAGUCGAUCUGGGUGA